GCCUCCGCCAUCAAGUUGGCGGUCAACAGCAUUCGUUUCCAUCUCCUUGUGCGUCACGCGUGGCCCGUGCGCAGCUCUUCCACCGUUGCAAGACAGCUCGCCAUGUCCGAAACAUAUGUUAAUUUUCUGGGUGGAUCUCCCUUGAAUCGCCUUUCUUGGCUUCGCACUUCAGCCACUUUCCUCAACGCCAUCGCCAUCUCGCCAUCGACCCGCUGGAUAGCUUUCCGCCGCGGAGAUCCUCUCAUCUCGGGUACUGCUCUUGCUCGCCUGACCACCGACGAAAUUCGACCCCUCAUCGGAUCAGAGCCAUUUUUUGGCCAAGGUCAGAACGCUGGUGAGCUGGUAGAGAAAGGUGUCUCUAUUGUCGAGACCGCAAGAUUCCGAGGCCCUCCCAUCGUAUUUCUUGGGCUUGACGAACAUCAACAGAAGGCUGAAGCUCUACCUUCAAGCGAAUUCAGCGGUAAUGAUCCGCAGGUGACCGCCCAGAAUUUUAAUGGCACGCCCUAUUUCACUAUCGACUUGACCAAUGUACCCGAAGGGCAAGUGGAUGACCUCCUCCGCGACCGGCAACUCACCUUCUCUGAACCUCGUGCGGCCAUGCAGAAGGUGGACAUGGAUGAGGCUGGCUUAUUUGCCGUUGCCAGAAGCAUGGUCGACUGGAACGCCAGAAACAAGUUUUGCCCAUCCUGUGCUGCGCCUGUGUACUCCCUCUGGGCGGGGUGGAAACUAUCUUGCAGCUCACUUACUCCAUGGGCGGAUAAUACAGGCAGAGAGCCCUGCCCGACUGCCAAGGGCCUGCACAACUUUGCUCACCCUAGAACAGACCCUGUGGUGAUUAUGGCGGUCACCAACGAGGCCAAUGACCGCAUUCUCCUGGGCAGAAAUAAAAAGUUCCCUGGGAGUUUCUACUCUGCCCUCGCAGGGUUCAUCGAGCCCGGUGAAUCGUUCGAAGAUGCUGUCAAGCGUGAGCUCUGGGAAGAAGCCGGUGUCAGGGUGUGGAACGUCAAAUACCACUCUACGCAACCUUGGCCAUUCCCAGCAAACUUGAUGGUCGGCUUCUUCGCUACCGCUGACCCAGCACAGCCCAUCCGAACUGAUCUUGACAACGAGCUCGAAGACGCCCGCUGGUACACUCGCGAAGAAGUCGUCGCAGUCCUAGAACACGCUCAAGGCACGAAUUUCACUCGCCGCGACUGGAAACAAGUGGCGGAAGUUCAGGAAGGCAAGGUGGACACGGUCACCUCAGGCAGUGAUCCACUCGCUGGAGACGCUGCUGCUGCGGCCAAUAAAGCUCAAUCUGCCGCGAGUGCACCGGUGAAGAAAGAGCAGGAUGCGCCGACGUUCAGAGUUCCGCCGACGACUGCUAUAGCGGGCGUGCUCAUCUCACAUUGGGCAUAUGAGAAGCCGCCACCUCCUCCUGCUCCAACGCCUGUGAAGGGGAACUUGUGAAUACAAUAGUAGUUGUGGAGUGGUGGCCGUGGAAAUACUACGAUGGUCUGGAAUGGAAGUUUGGAGGUUCAUAACUUAGAUGGAGGGAGCGGCAAGUACCUCGUUACGGUAGAGAGCGUGCUUGUGUGGGGAAUGUACACGUCUAAUGUUUUUGUUUAACCAAUGCGCUGGCUGUGUACGACAAUAUGAGUGUAGAUGAAGAUCUUAGUCCUGCGGCUUUUCAUUUCUGAAUGAGAAUG